GAGAUGGCAAAUUACCAAAUUGCUCCGUCUUAAUCCUUUCAAUUUAAUUCUUUUAAUUUNUUCUAAGGUUAGGAACCCAUUAUACUAAUUGAUUAUAAUAAAUUUAUAUAUUUUAUAUAAUUUUUAGAAAUUCAUCUAAUCAUAAUAAUUUAACAUUCCAAAAUUCCUUAUUCCUACAUUUUUUCUUUGUUUGUAUAUCAAAAUUAAUUUUAUUUUUUAUAUAUAUUAUUUUAUAUUUUCUUUUGAAAUGUUAUUUAUUUAUUAUCUUUAU